AUGUCACUAGAUCUAAUUGGUCUGAUGGAGCAAAGGCACUCAGCGCAGUUUGGUACAAAAAUGCAACAAUGCGACCAGUGUGCAUACAGCACGGAUCGUCCUGGACAUUUCACACAGCACCAGAGAACUCACACAGGAGAGAAACCCUUCAGGUGCACUCUGUGCGGGAAGGCGUUUGCCGAGUCAUCACAUCUUAAACUACACCAGAGAACACACACGGGAGAGAAACCCUUCAAGUGCAGUGUGUGUGGGAAGGCAUUUUCAAAUUCAUCUGCUCUUAAAAAACACCGGAGAACACACACAGGAGAGAAACCCUUCAAGUGCAGUCUGUGCGGGAAGGUGUUUUCACAGUCAUCUGGUCUUGUAUUGCACCAGAGAACACACACGGGAGAGAAACCCUUCAAGUGCAGUCUGUGCGGGAAGGCGUUUGCAGUGUCAUCACAUCUUAAACAACACCAGAUAACACACACAAAAGAGAAACCUUUCAAGUGCACUGUCUGUGAGAAGUCAUUUGCAUGGUCAUCAGGUCUUAAUUGCCACCAGAGAACACACACGGGAGAGAAACCCUUCAGGUGCACUGUGUGCGGGAAAGCAUUUGCAGGUUUUGGACAUUUGACACAGCACCAAAGAACUCACACAGGAGAGAAACCCUUCAAGUGCACUUUGUGUGACAAGGCAUUUGCAUGGUCAUCAGGUCUUCAUCACCACGAGAGAACACACAAAGGAGAGAAACUCUUUAGGUGUACUCUGUGCGGGAAGGCGUUUGCACAAUCACCACAUCUUCAAAUACACCAGAGAACACACACGGGAGAGAAACCCUUCAAGUGCAGUGUGUGUGGGAAGGCGUUUUCACAGUCAUCUAAUCUUGUAUCACACCAGAGAACACACACAGGAGAGAAACCCUUCAGGUGCACUUUGUGCGGGAAAGCGUUUUCAGGCUUAUCAAAUCUUAAAACACACCAGAGAACACACACGGGAGAGAAACCCUUCAAGUGCAGUCUGUGCGGGAAGGCGUUUACAGUGUUAUCACAUCUUAAACAACACCAGAGAACACACACAAAAGAGAAACCUUUCAAGUGCACUGUCUGUGAGAAGGCAUUUGCAUGGCCAUCAGGUCUUAAUUGCCACCAGAGAACACACACGGGAGAGAAGCUCUUCACGUGCACUCUCUGCGGAAGGCGUUUGCUCAGUCAUCCAUUCUUAAAACACACCAGAGGACACACAAUCAUCAGAAGAUCCCAAGGAGUGGAGUCUGAAAUCGGCUUGUGA